UGGUACUUUAUGUAAAUCCAACAUGGCGGCCGCCUGCACCACCAGAGCGCUCCGUAAGGUCGGCGGUAGUAUUUUGGAGUCUCCAGCCUCCUUUCUGGUGGGGAAUGUGAGCGCUCGCGGGUCCAGGAGGACGUACGGUACCGGAGGGUACCGGUCCAAUCUGCUGUCCUCUCUGCGGACCGGAGGGUACCGGUCCAGGGUGCUGGGCUGCACCGUCGUCCUGCUCGGUGGAGGUUUGGGUUUAUACCAGACUGUGAAGUACAGGUUUCAGCAGCACCACCUGGCCGAGGAGGAGACCAAGGUCUCAGGAGGACGAGGUCUGGCAUUGACCCUGUACCAGUACAAGACCUGUCCCUUCUGCAGCAAGGUGCGAGCCUUCCUGGACUACCACGGGCUGCCGUACGAGAUCGUGGAGGUGAACCCGGUGAUGAGGAAGGAGAUCAAAUGGUCGGUCUACAGAAAAGUGCCCAUUCUGAUGGUGGAUAGUGACGUGCAACUGAAUGACUCGUCUGUCAUCAUCAGCUCCCUCAAGACUUAUUUAUUCAGCAAGGACAAAAACGUGUCGGACAUCCUUCGCUGCUACCCGGAGAUGAAGUCUGUGAACAACCGCGGGAAGGAGGUGACGGAGUACUCCAACAAGUACUGGGUGAUGCUGGGCGAGGCCGAGGCCACGGCGCUCUACCCAGAGAAGGAGAUGCAGAAAGAGGAGAUGAAGUGGCGUCAGUGGGUCGACGACUGGCUCGUGCAUCUUAUAUCUCCCAACGUGUACCGGACCACCGGCGAGGCCCUGGCCUCCUUCGACUACAUCGUGCGUGAGGGAAAGUUCGGCACCUACGAAGGAUUCUUCGCCAAAUAUGUCGGUGCCGCCGCCAUGUUUCUCAUCGCCAAGCGGCUGAAGAGUCGAUACGAGCUGCAGGACGACGUGAGGCAGGAUCUCUACAAGGCCGUCAACGACUGGGUGGCAGCCAUCGGCAAGAAGAGGAAGUUCAUGGGAGGAGAUCGUCCAAACCUGGCCGACCUGGCGGUGUUCGGUGUGCUCAGAGUGAUGGACGGCCUGCAGGCGUUUGACGACAUGAUGGUGAACACGAAAGUCAAACACUGGUACAGACGUAUGGAGAGGGCGUCGCUCAACCACGAGGGCCGCGAUGCGUGAACGAGUGAAAGAACACCGGAGAGACUAAACGGUAAACUGCCAAGACGGACGGACGGAGACCGGGAAACAGGAAGAAAGAAGACCCGCUUUUAUUGUGAAAGGGGUUUGAGAAUCCCUGAUAAAUGAAUGGAUUCAAACCUGCAGACGUUUAUGUAGAUGAAGAGAUUAAACACAUAAAUACUGUCGCCUUAUAUCUGAUUUGACCAUUUAAUUAUUAAGCUGCUGCUGUAGAGGAAUUAUCACACCGGCCUGGUUUUAGGUGUUUUACUGGCCUCUACUGCUGAGUGGUGGGAACUGCAAAAAAUUAAAUAAACAAUAAGUUUAUCUUUGAAGCAGCGAUUCUGUUAAUUUCCCUCAAAAGUUUGUUUUAUUUUUCAUUACAUGGAGCUGAAAAUCUCACGAAUCGUCCCUUUAAUACUUCAGUCUGCAGAGUUUCUAUGCAGAUCUAGAAAUCUAUUUCUUUACACAUUUCCAGACUCUGAAUUAAAGACAAUAAAAGCUUAACUCAAAUACUUUCAGUCUUCACCAUGACCAAAUAAAAACUGGUUCACACUAGUCUUGUCUUUGUGAAUGAACAUGGUUUAUUUCAGCCGGUCUCAACCACCGGUUCUUUGGUUUUUGGCUCCUGCAAAGACUCAAGUGCUGCUUGUAUUUAUGAAAAAUAAAAAGUAAAAAUCUGUUUUAAUUUCUUCACAUUUGCUCCAAUUUUUGCCGAUAAAUAUGAAGAUUUUAGCUUCUAAACCUCAGACUGAAAAGGAAAAUGAUCUUUAGUUGAUCAAUUAAGAUCCAGUUGACUCGGCUAAGUUUAUCAUUUAGUUAAGUUGACAUUUAAAGUCGGAUACUUUCAGCUUUGUCUGGGGAAAAAAGUGAUCAUUUAGGAUUUAUUUCUUUGUGUGAACUUGUUUCAGAUCAUUUUAUUUCAGGUGAUUGUAACUGAUGCAGGAAUCAAUGAGCUCAUCUGAUGCUGUUCUCUUCAGGAGUUUAAUUAUAUUAAAGUGUAAGAAGAACUGGUGACCCUCCAGUUUGUGUAUUUAAACUGCAGAUGCAUUUCUGAAUUAAUUUUAUUAAAACCAACUUGAUGUGCUUAGUUGUGAAAAGGUAAAAAUCUAAUAAAAAGGAAACUGACUUGAGUUAUUACAUCUUUAGUAAUCAUUUAUACAUCAGUUUCUCUUAAAGUCAGCUUCCACAUUAACUAUAUUUUUAUAAUUUCAACUAAUGAGGUUUAUGGCCACAUUUAACUUGGUGUUUCGGUGCAUAGUUCCCAUUUUUUUGACCCUUGUGAGGCUCCGUAGAAUAGUCUAAUUUACAAAAAGAGGAAAACUAAAUCAAAGGCCGACAAACUGAGUAAACUGCUGACGAGGUUUUAUUUCAGACAUUUGGUUCACAGAUGGAGACGAUCAUUCUAUUAACACUAAUAAUCCACAUUAUAUUCAGACCUCUGCUCCACAAACUCAGAUUUAUGAUCAAAUCUUUAGUGUUUUGGAACAAUAGCGACUGACGCGCUUCAGCAGUUAAACUC